AUGAGCAGCUAUUCCAGGGGCCACAUUUGCCAAUGUCUGAGCCGGAUACUGGCCCGCCGGCGGGACGAGGCGUUAACGAUCUGCAGCGAGAGCGGCGCGAGGAGAACGGGGGGGAUGUUCGUGGAGGGCGUCCUCAGGCUGGCCCGCGGCCUCGUGGCGCUCGGCGUGCGGAGGGGCGACGUCGUCGCCAUCGCCGCUUACAACAGGUACGCUCGCCGGCGUCCCCGAAAUGCUCGUCUCGCCGGAGGGAGACGCCGAUUACGAUUUCGAUUUCGAUUCCCUCCGAGGAACCUCCGUGGAGGGGAAAGGCUAAUGGAGUCUACGCUGCCAUUGUUGUUUCCGCAGUGAGUGGUUCAUCGAGUGGCUCCUCGCUGUGGCUCUCGUCGGCGGCGUCGCCGCCCCCCUCAAUUACCGCUGGGUAGCCUCUCGUCUGUCAGAGUUAAAUAUCAGAGGUCUCCCCCUUCCUUUUCAUCUGUAAGAAUUUCGAGUUGCAGAGUGACAAGGAGACCAAGGAUGCGGUGGCGGCCGUGGAGCCGGUGGUGCUGGCAGUGGACGAGGGUUGUCGGCGGUGGGCGGCGGAGCUUGGGGACGGCUCGGUGCCUUCCAUCCGAUGGUGCGUUCUCAUGGGGGAGUCCCCUCGCUGCCUCAACGGCCAUGACAAUGGUGAGGGGAUCUUUUGUCGGUGGCCAAUCGAAUCUAGGCAAAGAGAUAGAAAGAGACGAACUGAUGGAGACGAGCGAGCGAGCGAGCUAGACCGAGAGAGAGGAGCGUUAUACUCUGUUAUUGUUUCACUUUAUAUUAUUAGAUAUUGUAUACAUACCCAUAAUCAUCUUUCCCUAGAGACCCCUCCAAUAAGAAGGAAAGUCAACUCAGGGGUUCAUAUAUUUUAUCACUGUAUUUACGACCAUAGAUUUCUUCACCACCAUCUAUCAACUUCUCCAUUCUUGGCAACGAGAUUUUUGCUAGGAAUAUGUAUUAAGAAGCCCGUGGAAGAUUAAAUUGUUUUUUGGAUUUAUUUCCAGGGCUUGACCAAUAUAUUAUUAAGAAGCCCGUGGAAGAUCCAAGCUUUGAUUACAUAUGGGCACCAGAAGAUAUAGCACUCAUAUGCUUCACUUCAGGUAAACAAUUCCAGCUUAUUCCUGUGAAACGUGUUUAAAUGGAGAUUUAGCUUGCACUUUGGCAAGUUCUUGAGGCAUAGUUUCCAGGGGACUUGGGGUUAGAUUCGGCGUAUGAGUGCCAAAUUAGAAAUCAUAUAAAAUUGUGGCGGUUAAAACGGCACAAUACAUGGUCUUUGGGCCAGAAAAAAGGGGGUAUUUUUUGUUGACUUUCACCGGAAGAAAAUAUUAGCUCAUCUUUUAAAAUCUUAUAUUACAUAUUUUAAUUCUUGAGGGAUCAGAAUGAUUGGGCCAUGGCUUUUGUGAACCCUAUGUAUGCGAUCAUUUGGGUCAGUUGAACCAGACAGCCCUUGCUGGAUAGCCAAUUAUGGUUGCAGAACGAGUCUAAUCCAACGUUGGCCACUGGAAAGCCACAUGUCUCCAUAAUAUGAAUCCCUCAGCUCAAGAUUAAACAAAUUAUUGGCCACCGGAAAUUAUUUGCAGUUGGGUCGUCAACAUUACAACUAAGAUAUUUUUAAAAAUGAUUUCAAUUGUGUUGUUCAUCACAGGAACCACUGGAAAGCCAAAGGGUGUUGCCAUCAGCCACAUGUCUCUGAUUAUCCAAUCAUAUGCGAAAAUCGCCAUAGUUGGCUAUACUGAGGACGAUGUAUGAUCUUCAUAAUAUCUCCUUUUUAGAAAAAAAAUAUACAGAUCGAAGAUAAAAUUGUUCGUUCUUUUCUGACAGAUUUAUCUCCACACAGCACCCUUGUGCCAUAUUGGUGGAAUUUCUUCCUGCAUCACCAUGCUAAUGGUGGGUGGUUGUCACGUUUUCCAACCCAAAUUUGAUGCAAAUGUGUCCGUUCGAUCAAUUGAGGAGCAUCAAGUGACUUCUCUGAUCACCGUUCCUACAAUGGUCGCGGUUCUGGCAUCGUUCAUUGGGUAUGAGUUUUCGUUUAAAUUAUAGUUUCCACCAGUUAAAAGAUAGUGGCGAUAAUUUUCUUUGAAAUUAACACCAAACACGGAAAUUAUGUCUAUUCUUCUGCUCCAGCUUAAGACUAACAGAAAAAUCAGAAAAAACUCUAUCAUGAUGAUAUUUCAUUUCUGCAUCUUAAUCAAUGGAUAUGAUAUUAACUUUGCCGGAAACUUAUAAAGAUAGGUGCCCAUGAAUAAUUACGUCGAUUUUAGAUGAUGCAAACAUUCAUUUCACUUUGUCGCCUAAAACUUAUAUAUAUAGAUGCCUGGGUAAACGUUAUAAUUUAUUUUCAUUUCAAUAAUGUUGAUUUUAUAUGACGUAAACGUUAUAAUUUAUUUUCAUAUCGUGUUUUCUUUUAAUCUCCCAAUGCCUGGGUAAAUUUUAAUCAGGAAGGAAAAUGAAUGGGCGGGUGCAAAAUCUGUAAGGAAGGUUCUCAAUGGCGGUGGUGGUCUCUCUCAUGAUCUCAUCUGUGCUGCUGUACGCAUGUUUCCCUGUGCGAAGCUAAUUUCUGCAUAUGGUAGGUUUUCUGGGCUAAUUGCUUCGCAUCCAACUCCUAGUUGCAUCAUUUUUGUUACCAUUUUUUUAAAUUGUGAAAUUAGUCUCAUAAUUAUUUUUUUUCUCUCAGGGAUGACUGAAGCAUGCUCUUCUCUUACAUUCAAAACCCUUCAUGACCCCAUAUCACCCAAGGUUGGAACCGCCUCCCAUAAGAGCUAUAUAGCCACACCUGGUUCGCCAGCUCAUCGAGUCAGGGGUGUCUGUGUCGGCAAACCUCCCCUUCAUGUAGAAUUAUGCAUAAGAGGCAGCAGCACUGACAACUGUGGUCCGGAGGUUGGUAGUAUUCUAAGCAGGGGGGCCCACUUAAUGGUUCAAUAUUGGAGCAGAGUCAACGUGGAGACUUUGGACCGGAGAACAAGCGGCUGGCUUGACACAGGGGAUACGGGGUGGAUUGAUGGUGAUGGCGAGCUAUGGCUGGUGGGCCGUACAAAUGGUCGGAUCAAAUGUGGGGGAGAGAAUGUGUAUCCCGAAGAGGUAUUGUUUCCAUGGAAUACAGUCUUAAUCUACUUAAAUUUUUUGGCCUUCCAGUGGCUCGUAGUCUUACAGACAGUUGCCAUUAACACCAUAAAUGUGAGAAAUGUUUUAGGUGUUGAGGUGAUCGAUCCAUAAUGCAAACUUCUUAGACCACUUGAAUGAGUAAUGUUUUGGACCUUCCAGUAGUUCACAAUCAGAACAUAGUUUCCAUUAAUGCGAGGAAUGCAACUACUGUGUGGGCUAAAAGAGAAGCUCUAUCCAUAAGGCAGUUUAAAACUACUUGAACUAGUAAGCUUCUGUGCUUUCCAGUAUUUCGUAAUCUUAUUUGCAGUUAAAUCAAUGUUCCAAGUGUAACUAGUGAGUAAACUGAAGAACUGAUCUGUCUGAAAUUACUUGAAUGAAUAAUUUCUUUGGCCUUCAGUGCUUCAUUAACCAGUUUCCGUCAAUAUAUAUACAGCAGUUGUUAAUUUUUACUCUGAAGAGGUGAUCUAUCCAUAGAGUACAGUUUAAAGUUAGUUAAUUUAGUAAUUUUUUUUCGCCCUCCAGUGUUUGAUAUCUUUCAGCCAGAAGAGGAAGUUGACCCAUGGAAUGCAGUCUAAAAUUAUUCACCAUUAGUAAUUUUGUAAUUUAUAACAUGCUGCCUAUGAUGCUAAAAAUAUAAUCGGCCUAUAUAUACGCAUUUAAGAGUUAAUUUAUACCCCGAAUAAAGUAUAAAGCCACUUAGAUAGUAGUAAAUUUCAGUCUUUCAUAGUGUUUGUUAUAACCAGCUUCAUUAACGUCAGAAAUGUAGUUCAUGAAUGCAUCAAAGAUGUGAUCUACGCAUUGAAUACAGUAUAAAACUACAGUUAGUAAUUUUCUUUGCCUUACAGUGCUCCGUAGUCUUAACAUCCUUUCCAAUAAUGCCAGCAAUUUUAUUAAUAGCAGCAUGAUCGGAUAUGUUAGGUGGAGGGCGUUCUUCUUCAACACCCGGGUGUUUCCUCUGUGGUUGUUUUUGGGAUCCCUGAUGCCCAUUUUACAGAGAGGAUAGCUGCUUGUGUGUGCGUCAAGGAGGGUUGGAACUGGGUUGAUGACGGAUCUGCUCCUUCAAGAGAGAGAAACCAAUUGUCGUCUCAUAUCCUUCAAGCUCACUGCAGACAGAGACACUUGUCCAGGUACUAUUUAAAGGAAAGUUCUGAUUGAAUGAACUGGGUAAAUGCACUAUUUAAAGAAAAGUUUUGAUUGAAUGAACUGGGUAAAUUAAAAAGAAAAGAAAAAUAGGAGCUUAAAUCGUGUAAGACAUCAUAUCAACAAUUAUUCUUCCGUAGUAAGGAAAAUACUCCGAAAUUUCCCCCAUUCGGAAAGAACAUUAUGAACUCUUAGGGCUUAGAAUAGUGCAAAUGUGGGUCUUUUCUUUGCCAUUACAGGAAUUUUACCACUUUUUAUCGAUUUUUCUGUACUUAAGGGAUCACACUCCUAUGUCAUCCCAUUCAUUUUCUUCUUGGGUUUGGUUUAAUCUACGUUUCUUUUUUAAUAUUAUUUACUUUGGUUAAUUGGCCUUUUUGCCCACUCAUACCGUGAAUUAUCAAUAAGUUUUUUCCAUUUUCCUUGGCUUAAUCCCCUAAGGCCUGCCUGAUUGUCACACUAGCUUGAAGGAAAACAUAGAAGCAGACGGUUUCCAUUUCUGUUUCCUCAGUUCGUUAUUUAUUACUUAUUUUAUUUUCUCUGAAAUUAGCACGUGGACAGAUUGCUGAAAGCUCACAUAAAAACCAGAAAGUCCUGGACAUUAAUUUUCAAUUUUCGAUUUUUUUAAAAUUAAUGCUUAGAAAUUUACAUUAUCAUGUAAAUAAAUCAUCUCCGGAAGAAUUUUUUUUCAAGAAAAUCUCUCUCUCUCUCUCGCUUUCUCAUUUUCUUUUUUUCCUUUUUAGAUUCAAAAUACCCAAGAUCUACAUGCAAUGGGAGAAGCCAUUUCCAUGCACAACUUCAGGGAAGCUAAAGAGAGAGGAAGUGAGAAGCAAAGUCAUCUCCGACCUGAGAUCUCUGCACAGCAGUCUAUGA